ACUGAUGUAUUCAAGAAAUUGAACAGUUCCAAGUGGUCUGAGUUGGUGUCUCACAAUGCCUUGAACACACUGAGCGAUGCAAAGUACAACAAGCCAUCAACAUUACCCUUCACUGAAGAUGUUCAGAUUCUUCACCGGUACCUCGAGGAAUCUGCAGAAAGUGCCUUUUGCAACUUGAAGGAGGAAGCCACUGCUCAGAACUACGCUCAACUUGCAAAAGUUACACUUGCUCAAAUCAUUGCAUUCAAUCGGAGACGUGCUGGGGAAGUUUCAAAAAUGUGCCUCAGAAGUUUUUAUGAAAGAGACAACACAAAGCUCCAUGAAGAUGUUGCCAUGGGGUUGUCAAAGACUGAACAAAGACUCUGCAACUAUUUCAGCCGUGUCGAAAUCAUGGGAAAAAGGGGAAGAAAGGUUGCAGUUCUGCUCACCCCAAGCAUGGUGGAUGCUCUCACUACUGACCAGUAAAAGGACUGAGUGCGGUGUUUGUGAGACAAAUGUCUUCCUGUUUGCAAGACCCAAAUCAGUGACCAAUUACAGAGGACAAGACUGUUUGCGUGUUCAUGCAAACCAGUGUGGGGCAAAGCACCCAGAGCACCUGAGGUCGACACAACUUCGGAAACAUGUGGCCACACUCUCACAAGUCCUUAAUUUAAAAAAUAACGAACUUGACCAGGUUGCAGAUUUCCUGGGUCACGACAUCCGUGUUCACCGCGAUUUCUACAGAUUACCAGUUCCCACAACGCAGCUGGCCAAGAUUUCCAAGCUGCUUUUGUCAAUGGAGAAAGGACAUCUUUCCAGCCUGCAGGGGAAAUCACUGGAUGAGAUUGAAAUUGAAGACGAAAUUCCAUUCAGUGACACUGAUGCCAAGGACAGUGAGGGCGAAUCCGAUGACAGUGGCACAGCAUUCAUAGCAUCAGAGUGUGGGACUAGUGAACCUGUGGAUGCUCCCUCAGACUCUAUCACAGAGCAAGUCCAUGACAUUAGUGAUUUUGGAACAGUGUCAUCUGUUACAUCGACGGUAACUGAGACUGUCCCUCUGUCUGAAGGACAAGACACUGGUCAAGAACAUGAGUCCAGAAGACUGCCGAAGAAACCGUGGUCUAAGGCUGAGGUUGCUGCGGUCAUGCGGUAUUUCAGGGAUCACAUAAGUAAAGGAAAACUGGCCACAAAAACUAAUGUAGUCAUUGUAAGCUGGUAGAACAACGAACAGUGCAAAAUAUAAGGGACUUGGUCAGAAACCGAGGAAUAGCUGCAAAGAGGCAGUCACAGAAACAAAAGCUGUAACUCCACUGGGAAUCCACUCUGGGUUUUUUGUAUACAUGUUGUGAUUAUGUUGAUGGAGUCACUCGUUUUAUAAAUCCAUCUGUUUCCAACAUGGGUUUUCUAAAUUAGUUAAGGAUCUGAUUUUCAUUGGAAAGCUUGUGGGUUUUAAAAGGUUUUUGUUGUCUAGCUGUUAGUCACUCCCGAACAAAAUGA